CGGUACAAGAAGAAGACAAAGAGGAAGUGUUUGCAGGCACCUCAGCUGAGGCUAACAAGAGAAACGCUGCCAUCAUUGAGUUUUGUUUUUGGUAACUGUGAUAGGAGCAGUCCACUGUGCAAAAUGGCGAGACUGCAGAGUGCCAGAGUGUUCGUGUACCAGCGGCUAACCGCGGCUGUCUCUGAAAUCAUGGAGCACCUGGAGGCAACAUUCAGCCAGUAUGAGAAGGAGAUGGAGAGCCGUCACAUGACGCUGCUGGACUCGGUGUGUAAAGCCAAAGAGAGGCCGCUAACAGCAGUUCAGGCGGUGAUCAAAGAGGAGCAGCAGGAGUGGAGGCUCAGCCUGCACCAGGAGGACCCAGAGCACCCAGGGGGCCUGCACAUUAAAGAGGAACAGCAGGAUCUCUGCAGCAUUCAGGAGGUCUGGAGCCAGCUGCAGGGACCACAGGAGGAGCAGAUCCCAGAUUUCCCUAUUACUGCUGUCCUAGUGACAAGUGAAGGUGAUGGGGAGAAAGCUCAGCUGUCACAGCUUCAUCAGAGACUGUGUGAGGAGGACAGAGAGGCAGAGGCCCCGGCCACAUGUACUGCUCAGCACCUGGGAGCAGGAGCUGAUGGAGAGGAACCAUGCAAGGCGUCAGCAGCUGCUUUCUCUGGAUCUGAUGAGGUUUGUGUGCAGAUUCCCAGAACAUCAGCCGUACAGGUGAUGAUGCCCCAAACUGACAGCGUGUUUGACAUGAUGGCUUCAAUGAAAAAAAGAGCCUGGUCGAAAAGAACGAGUGGACGUCUGGACACACUUUACUUAUAACUCAGCAGAAAGGAAAACCCAAUGCAUGGUUGUCAUGGGGGACGGAGAGGAGCCCUGUGGCUACAAACUAGGUGGGAAGAGCACUACCAACAAGACAACUGAAGACGCACCAUGCUGCUAUUUAUGCCACGACCCCAGACACGGCUACCCAAAAACAGCAACCUUGAGCAGAGAAUGAAAGGUCAACUAUCACAGCAGCGGUCUCCUCUGGAUCAAAAUACAAAGCUGACUCACUGGAACAAGCUUCUAAAUAAAAGGCAAUUGCCCAGAAGAUUGGACCCAGCGGUCUACCUGCCGUAUAGUUCAUCCUUAUGAUGGGGACCAUUGACCAUAUCUGAAAAAAACAAAAGUAAACAACUUAGUUGACAGGCUUUACAAUGAUGAAAAACAAAAAUUCAAAGAAAGACUUGCCACAGCACGCAAAAUAACAAUUGGCCUGGCCAUAUGAACAAAAAAAGGACACACAGCAUCAUUCCUUGCAAUUAGUGCAUGUUACUUUUGCACUCAGGAGAACAAAGGGAAGCACAUAUUGUUGAGACUUGGCCAGAUCUCCCACACAUUGCAGAGGGCAUAAAGACUUGUGUUGACCAAUGCAGAGAGGAUUGAGAAAUACCAAAAUGAAAAAUUGUGACAGUCAUAACUGAUAACGGAGGCAACAUGGCUGCAGCAUUCAAAAAUAAUGGACAUGAUGAUGAUGAGCUCAGCAGCUCUGAUGAGGAAUACCAGGAGAGUGAUGAAGACUCAACUUGUCAAAAACCAAAGGUAUGGAGCCAUAGGGAGGACGCCCUGCGUUGUACAUACACUGCAGCUCGUGGUGAACAUGAUCCAGAAAGAAGCAAGUGUCACUGUCCAACAACUCCUUGACAAAGUUCGAGUACUUGUCAAACUCCUCCGCAUGUCAUCUGUAGCAAUGGAGCACCUGCUGCAGCUGUGUGGACUCACUGUGGUCAAAGACUGCCCCGCCAGAUGGUCCAGCACAUAUCUGAUGAUAUCACACCUUCUCCAGGCGAAGGACUCAGUUGUUGAGGUGGUUGAUGGGAUGGGCUGGGACUGUCUACUACCAGGUCAGUGGCAGAGGCUGACUGCUCUCUGAGAGAUCUGCACGUCCCCCUUGCUGAGCAUACGCAGAUGCUGCAGAGGGACAAAGUGUCCUUAUCCCUAGUGCUGCCUGCCCUCCUGGACCUGAGUGCUCACCUGUCUGAAUUCCCCCAGGCCCAGGUUUCUAGCUAUAGGGACCUAGCUUCUCUGGCACAGAAGAUGAAGGCAGACAUGGAUCAGUGUUUCAGGUGCUCCUUUGAUCCCAGUUAAGUUCUCACCUCUCUUCGCUGCUGCAUGUUUCCUCGACCUGACAGUCUCACCCAAAGCACUGAAAAUAAUGACAAACAAAUACAGGAGUUUCUUAGGAAGGCAGAAGAUUAUAUUGCUCAAACGGUGUCACCAGCAUCACGGGAGGAAGAGGCUGAUGAAAAUAAGAAGGGAUAAGAAAGACAAGAGGCACCACAGACAAAGCAACCCAGAUAUAAAUUCCUGUCAAAAUCACAAAGUGCAAACUGGCCAUGAAGGCCUGGCCUGUCAGAGUCCAGUGUCAGGACAGUGAUGCAGAAAUUCAAGGAGCAGCUGUCACAGCCCAUAACUGAAGAGACUGCUUUUGGGCUGCACAUGGUUCUGUUUAUCAGAACCUGAAACGUCUGGUCUUAGAUCUUCUGGCAAUGCCAGCAUCUCAAGCAUUUGCUGAGUGAGUUUUCAGCAUUACAGGUGACCUUUGUUGUGGUUGCCGAAAUAAAGCAAGAGUCAUUUUAGAGAGAAGCGUUUUUCUCAAACUGAAUCAAGAUCAGUAGCCUAACUCUGCUGACAGACUCAAGGUUGUUGAAGCUGCUACUGAUAUCCAGUGUCUGUUACGAGGGGAUCCCCUCUGAUUGGUUAUUAGGCCACUGUUGUUUAAAGCAUGGUAAAAGUUUGUUCAUUGCAUUUUUGUUUGAAGCUUCAGAAAAUAAAUAUAACUGCAAUAGUACAGUAUAUCAUUGCAUCAUAUCCAACUAAAGUCAGUGCAAUGUUGCUUUACGAAUUUCAACACUUGAUACAACCUCUACCCUAAAAGGGUAGAGGUUGUAAAAGGAUAAAAAUGACUAAAAUGUGACUAAAACUAAUAAACAUUUCCGUUUAAAUACUAAGACAAAGACUAAAUCUAAAAUAGCUGCCAAAAUAAACACUGUACACAGCUCUGCUCUCCUGGCAAUGAGAUAGCAGUCAAUAGCCUAUAGCAGGUUUACCUGUGUAUGAAAAACCUGCCUACAUACACUAAUGUAAUUUGUAACAGAUUUCAGCCCCUGAUUGACAUGAAGAAGGAGGACGGUGUGGAUUAGGAUCUUUUUUUCCUCUUCCUUUUUUUUUUUCUUGUGUUUUUUUCACUAAUGUUGGGUGGAAAUGGGGUAUAAGUAACACUUUUUAUGUAUGGCUUUGAUAAAUAAGAGAGUAUUUUUAUAUUGUGGAAUCAGUAGCUAUACUAUACUAUACUAUACUAUACUAUACUAUAACUAUAUACUUCCUGCACCUCUGCUGCUGACAGGGCAGAUAUUUUGUCAUUUAUAGGUUUUUGAUUUUCCUAUAACACCAGUGCUGACACUCUGGAAAAUCAUUUUAAGUAUGUUUAAUAGAACUUUGAUG